AUGGCCGACGACAAUGCCGUUACGCUCUACAGCAACACCGCCAUCACCGACGCCAAGAAGAACCCCUUCUCAAUCAAGGUCGCCAUGGCCCAGAUGCUCCGCGGCGGCGCCGUCGUCGAGGUCACGACCCUGGAUCAGGCCAAGACCGCCGAGUCCGCCGGCGCGUGCUGCGUCGUCGUCUCCGAUCCGCUCGGUCCGGGGAUAUCGCGCAUGGCCGAUCCGUCCUUAAUCAAGGAAAUCAAGCAUGCUUUGUCGAUCCCCGUAAUGGCGAAAGCUAGGGUUGGACAUUUCGUGGAGGCGCAGAUCCUGGAGUCGAUCGGCGCCGAUUACAUCGACGAGAGCGAGGCCCUAGCCGUCGCCGACGAGGAUCACUUCAUCAACAAGCACAAUUUUGGCGCGGCGUUCGUCUGCGGUUGUCGGGAUCUGGGAGAGGCUCUGAGGAGGGUCAGGGAGGGCGCGGCGUUGAUACGGACGCAGGGAGAUCUGAGCGGAUCUGGCGACAUAGUGAAGACCGUGCGCGGCGUGAGGAAGGUGAUGGGGGAUAUUAGGGCUUUGAACAACAUGGACGAUGACGAGGUUUUUACAUUUGCUAAGCAGAUUCAAGCGCCUUAUGAUAUUGUAGCCCAGACUAAGCAGAUGGGCCGCUUGCCGGUGGUCCAUUUUGCCGCCGGCGGAAUUGUGACGCCGGCGGAUGCUGCGCUUAUGAUGCAGUUGGGCUGUGAUGGGGUGUUCUUGGGCCCGGAGGUUUUUGACUGCCUGGACCCGUACAACCGAGUUCGGGCUAUUGUUCAGGCUGUUAGGAAUUAUAAUGACCCGCUGGAGCUGGCUCAGGUGAGCAGUGGUUUGGAGGAUUCUAUGGUGGGACUGAAUCUCCAGGAGAAUAGAGUCCAGCGAUUUGGGGCUGGGAGCGCUUAUUGA